CUCAGCAACUUCAGGAACAGUUCAACGCUCAAAAUAUAAUUGUUUCCGGUUGAAUUGGGGUCAAACAGAGGGGAUUGCACAUUACAAGACAUCACAAUGCUUAUACGAAGGGUGUUACAAUGUGGAGUGACAGCUUUAAAGUCACACAGGACCAUCCACCACAGUGCUCAAUGGAGGAGUCCUCUCAUACCUAUCGUUGUGGAACAGACGGGUCGAGGAGAGCGGGCAUAUGACAUCUACUCUCGUCUGCUAAGGGAGAGGAUCAUCUGUGUAAUGGGGCCGAUUGAUGACUCUGUGGCCAGUCUGGUUAUUGCUCAGCUGCUCUUUCUGCAGUCAGAGAGCAACAACAAACCCAUUCACAUGUACAUCAACAGUCCUGGCGGUGUUGUAACGGCAGGCCUGGCCAUCUAUGACACCAUGCAGUACAUCCUCAACCCCAUCUCCACUUGGUGUGUGGGCCAGGCAGCCAGCAUGGGCAGUCUUCUUCUGGCUGCAGGCACGGCCGGCAUGAGGCACUCUCUGCCCAACGCCCGCAUCAUGGUGCACCAGCCCUCUGGAGGGGCCAGGGGUCAGGCUACAGACAUUGCCAUUCAGGCUGAGGAGAUCAUGAAGCUAAAGAAACAGAUCAAUCAACUCUAUGCUAAACACACUGGCCAGCUGUUGACACAUAUAGAGGGUGUGAUGGAGAGAGAUCGUUACAUGAGCCCUAUUGAGGCACAGGACUUUGGGAUCAUCGACCGAGUGUUGGUGCAUCCUCCCCAGGCAGGCCAGGACGACCCAGAGCUGGUCCAGAAGGAGCCCCCUGCCGCCACCUGCCUCUCACCAGCCUCCCAAACCUCCGCCACCGAGCAGGGCCCUCCAGGGACAAACCCCCCCUCCUCAUACAAACCCGAACCCUGACCUCUGAGACUACCAGGAAACAGUCCCACGCCAUCCCCUAGCUUCUACCCACCUAUAGGCACUUCUGUAGAUCGGAAUGGAUUGGACAGCUGCAGGCAAUAUGCCGCACUUCUGUAAAUCCAAAUGCAUUGGAGUGGAUACUAAAUGGGAGAAGUUACAGGGUAGCCUACCAGAGGGCAAAGUGGAGCUAUUACCAUAUUGCUUAUACCUAUCCAAUCCUUUGAGAUCUACAGAAGUGCCCUGGGUGGAUAGGAGCUAGGGGUCGGUUUGGAACAGAGGACCUGCGUUGUAUACCUCUGUGCUGGAGAAACCUCUGGGAGAGGAGGUGGAAAAAUGCAGCAGUAUUUGAAUAUUUACAUUGAAGAGUUUUAUAAUUUUUGACCAAUCUCAGAUUUGUACUGUCCCCCAUAAUAUGUACACUGUAUUUACCACAAACACUAAUGAGACUGCAUAUCUCUACAGUGAAGGAAGCAAUAUAGCCCCCAUUUGUACUAGCCAUGACAGUUGUGAUGUUGAUUUUCAUAAACUGGAAUAAAAUACCCAACCUGGGCCUGUAUUCAUAAAGCAUCUAAGACUAGGAGUGCUGAUCUAGGAUCAGUUCCUCUAAUCUUAUUCAUAAUGACAGACAAGGCAAAACUGAUACUAGAUCAGCACUCCUACUCUUAGAUGUUAUGAAUACAGGCCCUGAUGUAAAGAACAAAAACAAAUUGGUAUCAAUGUGUGAUUCACCAGUCUGUAACAAGUAAAGUCUAUUGAUUGCUUCAGUGAUGAGAUCAACUGAACUGUUUUCUUUUGCAAUAUACACGUGACUUGUGUAAGCCUAUAGAGUGCCUCACUCUGUCAGCCCAGAUUCUAUGAUGUGACUUGAGGGAUUUUGGAGAUAAAGAAAGCCCGUCUUGUAA